UGACAAUAUAGUGUAUAUAUAGUGUAUAUAAAACACAGGAAAAUCGGCACUGGGCCUUUAAAACAGAAUUACCUGGUUCCACUGCUAGAUAUGAUGUGGCUCAUUAAUGUAUCAUCUGGGACUUACCAGCUAAUGCAAACAAUGACCACAUACACAUUUUGCAACAAAGGAGUCUCCAUUUCCAAUUAUGUUAUGGCUCAAUUAACCACCUGAUAAAUAUGUUUGUCUGGUGGAAUUACAGAUAUUCUUACCUGACAAUAAAAUAGUGCACAGGACCGUGUGCUUCAAGAAAUCUCACAUGUUAAACUGGAAUCUCCUGACUUCCCCCUUGCACAUUGCGUAGGAGUUGUCAUGCAGGCUUUUUCUAUAAGUGCUUCCUCCUUUUUAGUUUUUAAUAACACACUGUCAUACAGGGAGACAGAUCUGUUCGACCUGAACUGUGAGAAAAUGUUACUCACUGUGGUGUUGUGUUUACCUGUAAUUUUUUUCCCGUGGAGCGACUCAUUACCGACGAGACGACAGCCGGGUCCAGUCAACAACCGACCGAUUAUUGGAAUUUUAACUCAAGAAGUAGAAGAUGAUGUGAUGAAGCCAUUUGGAAAGACCUACAUCCCUGCUUCCUAUGUCAAGUAUAUAGAGUCAGCGGGAAGUAGAGUGGUACCUAUCAGGUUGACUCAAAGUACUGCCGAGUAUGAGAAGAUUUUCAAGUCAAUUAAUGGCAUGCUACUCAUCGGAGGUUCGUCAGAUCUCGAGACGUCAGACUUUGCAAAGGUGGCAGGGAUCUUCUACAGGCUUGCCCUCAAGGCCAAUGAUGCUGGAGACUCUUUUCCUAUCUGGGGCACAUGUCUAGGGAUGCAACUGCUGACUUGUCUGGUGGCUGGAGAGAACCUGCUGACCAAAACCACAGCUGAGAACAUGGCCCUUCCCCUGAACCUCACCAAAGAGGCCCAUUCCAGUCAAAUGUUCCAGGGGUUCCCCAGUGAUGUCAUGAAGGCAUUAUCCCAGGAAGCUUUGACAGGGAAUUUUCACCACUAUGGAGUGACCAUGAAGACAUUCAAGGAAAAUGAGAAGUUACAACGUUUCUUCUCCAUCUUGUCCACGAACACAGCUGAAAAUGGUGCCAUCUUUGUCUCAACCAUGGAAGGGAGGACCUACCCCUUCUAUGGGGUCCAGUGGCAUCCUGAGGUGAACCGUUUCCAGUGGGACCCCAAACUCAACUUCCCCCACUCCUCAGACGCUGUACGCGUGGCCUCCCUACUGGCUGAGUUCUUUGUCAAUGAAGGCAGGAGAAGUAUGCAUCACUUCGACCAGCCUGAGGAAGAGGCUGUGUCACUCAUAUACAACUACACACCAACCUACGCUGGCAACUUCACUGGAUACGAGCAGAUCUACUUCUUCUGAGAUGUUGAAGUUCUGCCCUCACAACUCUAUAAUUCAUCCCUGAUGUUAUUAUGGGAUGUUAUGAGAAGUUUACCAUGGGCACGAAUUGUUGUUGGGCGUAAAUUCUUAUUGUUGAAUGAAUUCAACCUUCUGGCCCAAUCUACACUGAACAAAAAUAUAAACGCAACAUGUAAAGUGUUGGUACCAUAUUUCAUGAGCUGAAAUAAAAUAUCCCAGAAAUGUC